GCUCCGCCUGGACUCCAGACUACGAGGCUCUGUCCCCCGGCGGGGGCUCCAGGGACAGGGGGAAGCGGGGGGUCCGCGGGGCUGGACGCCGAGCAGCGCACGGUCUUCGCCUUUGUUCUGUUUCUGCUGCUGUUCUUGGUGCUGCUCAUGGUGCGCUGCGUCCGCAUCCUCCUGGACCCCUACAGCCGCAUGCCUGCCUCGUCCUGGACCGACCACAAGGAGGCGCUAGAGAGGGGCCAGUUCGACUAUGCGUUGGUGUGACGGCAGAGCGGAAGGGUCCCGCACCUACCCACCCUGCCCCUGCCCCUGCUCCGCCCUGAGAUUCCACCCUCUGUCCUCCCUACCCUGGUAUCUCUACCGCAUCCCCAGACUGGCCUAGAAUCCAAGGCCCAGGACCACCUCCAUUCUUGCACCCCAGCUUGGUCUAGGGCUCCCCAAACUCACCCCCCCCACCACUUUACCUCAUCUGGCCUAACGUCAGGCUUUUCUCCUUAUCCAGAUGCCCUGAUUCCCACCUGGCCUGGCCUGUGACCCAAGGCUCAAAGCUAUCCUAUUCCCCUGACCCAAAGCCUGGUCUAGGCCUCCCUUCUCAAACCCGGAUUCCACCUCCAGGCUGCCCCUAACCCUGACUCCUGCUCCUAAGCUCUCACAUCCACUCUGUCCUUCCACCCGAGGGCACAAGAUGAGUAGGCCUAAGGUCUGGCAGUUGAUGCUUUUCCAAGCGGAGUGGGCCAUUCUCCCCACCCACUUCCAUCAGGGAGGGACUAGAGUGAGCAAGCUCUGGGAGGCAGGCCCCCCAUUCCUGUGCUUCAGGGAGUUCCUCUGGCCGGGGUGGUGGCUGCUCCCAUGCCUCCUGACCCGCACCUGCCCUGCCUGCUACCUGGUGAUGGAUGAUCAAAGCUCUGGAUGCUGCAUCCUCCUCCUUUUCCUCUGUCCAUUUGACCUGCUGGCCUCCCCUCUCUCAUGACAGCUGGCUGGCCACUCUCCUGGAGCACUCAGGACUGAUGCCCUUCCCCGAGACUGGGACUGCAGAACCUAGUUACUGAAAGAGAAAUUCAGCAAGACCCUCCCCCUUCCCCACUCCCAGCACUUUAGCCCCUCCCUCAAUUCAACAAACAUUUAGUAAGCGCCUAUUAUGUGCAAGGUACUGUGCCACCAGCCCAGCCCAGCCCCCUCUCCCUAACCUCAGAAGCCUCUAACCUUUUCCAAUGGUUGACUUCCUGGUCAAGGAGAUCCUGAGCAGAGGGGCUUCGUGAGGGCAGUGGGGGGAGUAUGGCUGUGCAAGGCACUACAAUUGAACCUAUCUUAACACUUCUUAAAUGCCUACUGUGUGAAGGGCAGCAGAUGAUCGAAGAUGGCUCAAACUAGACUUGGUGGUAGGUUUCUUUGACAAGGCUAUACCUAGCUGCAGGUCAGCCCCAAACCCUUAUUAGCUAACACCCCCCCCAUUCCCCCAGGGUGGAGGUAAUGUCUGCUGAAAGCUGAUACGAGUGUGGCCAUCCUGCCCCCUCUGCCCCCACUGCCCUCUCCUCAUGUGACUGUAGUAACCUCUAAGCCUGUCUCCCAACCCCCAAUCAGGGGCCUUCUGCUCUCCCAGACCCCACAGGCUGACUUGUUAUCCACCUCUGUGCCUUCGUUCCUACCAUUUCCCUGCCUAGAAUGGCGUCCCCAACUUCCUGGCCACCUGAUCUUUUUCCAAACCCAUAUGAUAUCCUUGACACAUUCCUCUUGUUGCUUUUUUUGUCUGUCCACGCCCAAAGCAUAGAAGCUUAUGGGGGGGGGCUCUCCCCCCGGAUUACUGUAGGGUUUUUUUUUUCCACCCAGGGCUGGUGCCUGGCUAGCUACCCCAAACACCCCUGCCCCGCCAUGCAGCAUUUAUAAACGAGUUCCCACAAGUGCUGAGCCCCUACCCCACCUGGCUGGGCUCUAAGACCAAAGCAGCUCACCCAGACCACCCCUGAGCUAAAACUAGUGGAUGUACCCAGGACAAGCCAAACACAGGAGAGGGGAAGGGGAGGAAAGCUGGACAGCGGACAGAGACAACACCCGCAGCCGCCUUAGCUCAGGCCCAAAUAAUAAAUAACAAAUCAUCCUGUCCUGAGUGUGAGUGGUUUUUGUGAUGAGGUGGAAAAAAAGAGCUUCAAGGUGAAUGAGAGACAGAACAGGGUAGUGGGGAAGCAUCCUGGACUGGCAGGGAGGAGAUCUGGAUUCAAAUCUCAGCUCUGCCUCUAGCUGUGUGUCCUUGGGUAUAAACCUCCCACUCCCCGGGUCUACUCCCGCACUAUAAAAUGGGGAGGGAGAAGGGGCUGGGCUGGAUGCCUAGGGCACUGUCCCACUUCUGACAUUCUGUCCCUCUGAUUCUGGCUGUGCUGAUCAACUAUUUCACAUGCUGCUCUCGCCACCACCAGACUCCCUCCCCCGCUCCCCUUCCCUGUGCCCUUCCAAAACCAGGACUGGGUCAUUCAGUCCUAUUCCUCUGGCCUAGCCCCUGUUGUGCAUGCUGUUGCAGAGUCAGAGGGUCUCAGAACCUAGCAGCCCUGGCCUAUUCGUGCCACUGUCCUACCGCCCUCUUACCCACAUCGGCUCACUCCUGACAGCACCGCUGUUCCAUGACAUUUUCUCAAAUUCCCCUUAAACUCCCGGUCCCAUCUGCUUCCCAUCCCCCUUACAAUAAACACCUUUGUACCCUUA